AUGGCUAAUCAGACGCAGCAGACGGCAGUAGCUAGACUCCGAGCUCAAUUGGCUGAACCUGACAAUAUCAUUGUGUGUCCAGGUGUAUACGAUGGCUUUACGGCUCGCAUAGCUCUUAAAGCCGGCUUUGACUGUUUAUACAUGACAGGAGCCGGCACGACAAUGUCUCGGCUUGGAAUGCCAGAUCUAGACCAAAGUGUGCCUCUCAUCGCAGAUGCAGACACUGGAUUUGGCGGCCCUGUAAUGGUUGGACGAACAGUAUCUCAAUACAUGCAAGCGGGAGUCGCCGCGCUGCAUUUAGAAGAUCAAGUCCAGUCCAAACGCUGCGGCCAUCUCCUAAACAAGCAAAUCGUCCCUGAAGACGAGUUUAUAUCUCGCAUCCGAGCUGCCAAUAUCGUCAGAAAGAAGCAUCUUGGCGACAUUCUCAUCAUCGCCCGCACAGAUGCCCUGCAGUCCGAGGGCUACGAAGUGGCAAGGGAUCGCCUCAAGGCCGCCAUUGCAGUGGGAGCAGAUAUCGCUUUUCUAGAGGGCAUCACGUCGAAGGAGCAAGCUCGGCAGAUUUGUGAGGAUCUAGCACCUACCCCUGUGAUGUACAACAAUGUGCCCGGGGGCUUGUCUCCAGACUUGUCGGCUCAUGAGGCUAAAGAAUUGGGCUUCAAACUCAUUAUAUAUCCUGGACUAUGUCUUGAACCCGUUUUCGAAAGCGUGACAAGGGCUAUGGAAGGGUUGAAGAAGGAUGGCGCUCCUCCAAAGUCUGGGCAAGAUCGCAAGGGCUCUCCCAAGGCGCUGUUUGAGGUGGUUGGACUGCGCGAGUGUAUCGGACUCGAUGCCGCUGCUGGCGGUGCAUCAUAUACCGGAGGCGUCUGA